AUGCCAAAAGUGAACAAGGAGAAGCUUACAGCCAUUGGAAUCAGCGCAGCUCUGGCUUACGGUUGGGUCUCUAACGUCAACAUGUCCUUGUGUGUCAUUCUUUCCUGGGUCACUUUUGGAAAGUCCUGCGGCCUUAGUCCUCUCGACCAAGGGCAAUGGCCAAGUUUCCUCGCCGUCUAUGCAGGCUUCUGGCUCGCAUGCAACUUCCUCCGCCCAUUCAGGAUCGCCCUGGCUGUAGCAGUUUCGCCAGCCUUCGACAAGCUCAUUCAUUUCCUUGAAUCUCGUCUAGGCAUCUCGCAGCAGAAAGCAACGUUCCUCCUCAUCUUCCUCGUCAACGUGGUCGGAACGCUGACGCUGCUCUUCGGGGGGCUCUUCGUUGCCACUCGUCUGACGGGCACAGCUCUCCUUCCCACCAAGGGGCGCCUCAUGUUACCAUGA